ACAUGAAGCCGACGUCGCCGUCGACUUCGUCCAGCUGAGAGAAAGUAAUGUCGAAAUGAAUAGCCAGUGUCAAUGUUAAGGCUUUGGGUGUGUAAAAAAGUUUAGCACAGUUGAGAAUCCGCUCAGUUUGUUUGGAUCUGUCUAUUGCUGAAGAUACCAGUGAUUAAAAAAAAUAGAAGAUAUUAUGGACAGUUAUUUUUUGAUCACGCUAAUGUUGCUAACAGCCGUAAUAGUAGCGUCAUCGGGUCAUAGACUGCCACAAGUACGCGAAGAACUUGUAACUUCAGCAUCUUCACAUUCUUAUAACUCUCCGUUUGAAUACGGUAAAACAGCGCAACCGGAUUUGCAAAAAUGGAGAUACUAUCAACAGCAACAAGCAGAUGUUAAAGGUUUCGCAAAGUUUAAAAGUCACAUCCAACCUUUAUAUCCGAAUAAAUUAGAUAUACAAAGAGAUGGUUGGAUACCGAAAGUGGUUACGAAAUCUCCGAGAUUUUAUGGGAUUACAAGAAAACAAGAUCUUGAUGUUCAAGCGACUGAGAAUUACAAUCAUAACAUUGAAUAUCUCCCGAAUCCUCAAUAUCUAACUGGAAAUAUCGUUUAUAAUCAAAAUAAUCAAGAUAUUGCCCAAUUAAGUAAUCUUCUAGGACAAAAUUUUCAUCAAAUACCAAGUAAUCAUCAACCAGAAUAUCAAUCACAACCUAUUUUAUCACAACCUCAAGCGACCCAUUUACAAUCAGAACUUGAUAUCUUAUCCCAAGAUAACGUACAAAAGCUUCUUCAACAAGCUCAACAACAAGCAAUGGACCAAGUUCGAUUACAACACGAUGCUUUAGAGAAAACAAGAAACGAAGCCGAGAAAGCUGCGUUAGCAAAAAUUCAAGCUCAUAAUUCCGGUGUUGCUGAUAUUACCUUAGAAUCAGCAUCAAAUAUAAUUGAGGAAAAACCUAUUAAUGAUCAAGUAGAAAAUAUUAAAGUUGAACCACUCCCAAUUCCACAAGCUUUAACUACUUCGAAUGAAGAUCAUCAAUCUGCUAUUGAUCAUGCUAUUUCGCAAGCGCAAGCUUAUUUACAACAAUCCUCUAACAUUCAUCUCUACAACCCAACGUUGAACGAUGUUAAAUUUGUUGAUGUUAAAUCCACGUUACAAACUCCCUCAAAUUUAUAUCCUCAAAGUUAUCCUUUAAAACCAAUCCUAAAUAACAUUAAAAUUGCCGAUAUUGAACCAACCUUAAAAACUCCAUCAUACUCCUACCCCCAAAAUAAUAUUAACACUUUAACGAAACCCACUGAAGAUUUUACGAAAAAUAACGACGUUAUCACAAACAACAUCAACACCUACGUAAAAAACAUUGAACCAAUAAUUAACCAAGUGCCUCAAAAAGAUGAAAUCGAAGAAAUCAAUAAAGAAGUCGAUGACUACAAUGAAGAUUACGCUGAAGAAUACGCACCAAAUUACAAAUUUGGGUAUCAGAUAAUGGAUUAUCAUAGCGGAAAUGAUUUUGGACAUGAAGAAAUUAAAGAUGGGAAGAUGACUAAAGGACAAUACCAUAUUUUAUUGCCAGAUGGAAGAACGCAAAAUGUUGAAUAUUGGGCAGAUGCUAGUGGAUAUCAUGCAAAAGUCACUUAUUCUAAUAUAGCUAAACAUUAAGUUGCAAAAAGGUUUGUUAUCUUCGUUUAUUAAGUGAAUAUGAAUUGGGAGACGUGCAAUAUAGAUUGUAAAAUAUGUAGUUAUUUAUAUUGUUAUUAA